CAAAGAUAUAUCCAUCUGCUUCUCAUUGACAUGUUUUCGCAAUCUCCAUUCCUGACCACUCGGCCACGGCAGCGUGUUUUGGAAUCGCGAUGACGGUCACGAUGGUCUGUCUUUCUGCCUAUCUACUUGCCUGAAUCUCAACCUCUUCCCUUUUUCUCCAUUUCAUCUUCCUUGCCGUGGUUCUCUUUUCAUAUCCAUUCGCUGGCCAAAAUGGAGACACAAUCGGAUGCUACGCUCAAGAUCACGAAGCGGACUGAUCGCUCCGCGUUCAUGUUCAUCCUGCAGCACAUGAUCAAACCAUUUGGAUCUUUAUUAAUCACGCCUCGCAAAACACAUCCGGUAGGCUCUCCGCGGUUGACCGCGCCAAAGAAGCCUCGCACGCUUUGCGAUAUACACGAGAGGAAAGUGGGAGACAUCUACGUGUACGACCUCCAGCCGAAGCGUCUUUCCAAAUCCGAGGAGUCACGAGAGAAGCCGAAGCGCAAGCGGUUUUACUACUUUUGCGGGGGUGGAUGGCGAAUGCCGCCGUCAGGAGAGCAUUGGGCAUUCUGUAUCGAGUUGGCGCGGAAGCUGCCUGAUACCGCCGUGUCUGUUGUCAGCUAUCCGCUCGCACCGAACAACCCAGCACCGGCAGCGUUUCCGCAACUCAUGGCUUCUUACAAACAGCUCCUGCAAGACGCGGCGCAAGCUGGAGAGCGCGUGAUGCUCGGAGGCGACUCCUCGGGAGGCAACAUCAUCCUAUGUCUAUGUCUGGCGUUACUCGUGGAAGAUGAGAGCGCUCCGCACCCCAUUGCGCUGAUGGCCAUUUGCCCUUCGGUAGAUAUGCGGAAGGAGAAUCCGGAUAUCCAGAAAGUCGCGCCACAUGAUCCCAUCCUACGAAUUCCUUUCAUAAACGACAAUGCCAAGGGCUGGACUGGAGACUGGGAGAGGAGCGAUCCGAGAGUCUCGCCCAUUCUCGCCGAUGUGUCCUUGCUAAAGAAGAAAGGUAUCGCCUGUCAUGGCGUGACUUGCAGUUACGACAUCCUCGGCCCAGACGCAGUGCUCUUCCGCGAGAAAUGUCGGGAUGCUGGCGUCAAGGGACAAUGGCUGGCAUGGGAGAAGCAGAUGCAUUGCUUUCCGCUCGCGUGGAAGUACGGACUGCGGGAAAGUAAGGAGGGCAAGGAUUGGAUUGUGGAUGUACUACGCCAGAGCUGAGAGCAGCCGAAGUCGAGAUUCUGUCCGCAGAAUCGGCCAAAGAACACAUAGACGUAUAGAAACGUACAGAUGCCUGUAUAGCAGACUCUUUUCCAUCCUGUUUCAACAAAUUAUCAAUCUGAAAC